AUGGAGAUUGACUAUUCCGAUCCUUCUCUUUGGGUUGAGAAAACCGAUCAAGACAACGUGUCAAGUAUCACAUCAACUACAAUAUCUCAAUCUGUAGAAAAACCAUCUGUACAACCACAGCAACAACAACAGGAAAUUCGACAUGGUUGGAUGCUUGACUCCUCCUUUGAUUUUGCUGAUUUUGGGACCAAGAAACCAGAACCAAAAGAUGACAAACCGAAUCCCGAUAAUCUCAAAGUCAGUGAUCGUGAACUAAAUGCUCAUUUCAAGGCUGGACUGGCUGUGGAUGAGUAUCCUGAAGAAAAGAAAAGCUCGAUCAAAUUCGGUGAUGCUGGAUCUAAUUGGCGAAUGAUGAAACUCAAACGAGUUAUUGAACAAGCUGAAGAUGAACGACGAUCGGUAGAAGAAGUCGGAUUAGAACGAUAUGGCUCCAAAGAGAAAUUUCAAGAAGCAUUAGAUGAACGAGCUUACCUUGAUCAGCGUAAAGAAAGAGGACGACACCAGGAUCGAUCAUCAACAUCUUCAAGACAUCAUCACCAUCAUCACCAUCAUCAUGGAGAGAGCAGAUCUUCCAGAAAGUUUAUGUUUUCCGACACUGACAGUAAGAAUGUUCAGUUCCGUCGACCAGCUCAACAAUCAUCAUCAUAUGGAAAAGACGUCAGUGACAGUAAAUCAAGGAAUGAUCAUCGUCAAAAACGUUCUAGAACUCCCUCACCCACUCCUGGACGUGUACAAGAAAAGCCAAUCGUCUCCAAUGAAUCCAUAGGUCCAACUUCUUCUAUUCCACUGACUCCUAAUACUUCAACAACACCUCUUGUUAUCACACCAUAUCAAGUACCAAGUACCCCUCAAACGGAGCCUGUCAUGACUCGUGAUCAAUUGAACAAACUUAACUCCCGGAUUGUUAAAGCUCGAUUGAUGGGAAAUGAUGAAGAAGCUGCUGCACUUGAAGAAGAAUACAAAACCCAGGUUGAACGCUUUGAAGCUGGAGAGACAGAAACUGAAACGACACCAAGUGGAAAGAAUGUGGCCAUGUUACCAACCGUUGAUAGAGAAGGAAAAGUUUACGAAUAUGCACUAGCAGGAGGUGGACAAAUACAAGAUUCAACACAGUUGAAGGGCAAGAAACAAUAUGAAGGAACGCAUGACAAAGCGACUGGUGAACGACUCAGAUAUAGUGCUGCUGACGAUGGAAUGUCUUUGAUGGAUAUGGUACGACAAGAAAAAGCUGGAAGUCGAAGAGUCAAUAACAUGGAUAUGGAAUUUGCCAAUAGGAUUGUUGCGGAUGCUUCAUUUGAGAACAACUUAGAUUAUAUGGAUGACAAAGCUGAUGUCAUGGCGGCAAAGAAAGGAAUGUCAGAACAACAAAAGAUGAAAUAUGCCAUUUCUGAUCAUAAAAGAACACAAAAAGCUUUGGAAAGUUGUCGUUUCUGUUACCACGAUGAUGCCCCUCCUCAAUGUGCAAUGAUUUCGUUGGCUACCCAGACCUACUUGGCUCUUCCUAAUCAACAAGAACUUACACCCGGUCAUUGUUUGAUUGUUCCUUUACAACAUGUCAGCUCUACUUUAGAAUGUGAUGAUGAAGUGUGGGAUGAAAUUAGGAACUUCCAAAAAUGUUUGCUACGUAUGUUUGAUGAACAAAAUUGUGGAGUUGUAUUUAUGGAAACAGUAACAAGUCUUCGAUCUCACAGACAUACGGUGAUUGAAGCUAUCCCUGUACCAUAUGGACUUUAUGAAGAUGCUCCUGCUUAUUUCAAGGAAGGAAUCAUGGAAGCUGGAGAAGAAUGGUCUCAACAUAAGAAAUUGAUCGAUACUUCGAGUCGUGGAUUCCGACAUUCAAUGGUCAAAAAUCUUCCAUACUUUCAUGUUUGGUGUGGUUUGGACAAAGGAUAUGGUCAUGUGAUUGAAAAUGAAAAAGAAUUUCCUUAUUGGUUUGGCAAGGAAAUCAUUGGUGGUAUGUUGGAUGUUGGACCUGAACUCUGGAGACGACCAAAAUAUUAUCAAAGAAAAGAAGACAGGACAAGACAAACUAAAUUCUUGAAAAACUGGGAAAAAUGGGAUUGGACUGCGGCCUUACCUUAA